AUGGCUUCGGGGGACAGCGAUCACAUAGAAGUAAUGGAUAGUUCAGUGUCUAAAAAGACGGAGAUUGGACCGACAGGCCUGGAAGAUGAUGAUCGCGAUAGGACUUCAAUUGCCGAAAAAAAUGUACCAUACGAUCCAGCCGUUGGCCCCUCGGGGGCCAUCAGCAAAGUGCACAAGUCGGACCGGAAGAUCGGGCAUCGGCGGGUCGGCGAAGGCGGCGAGAUCACAUACAAGAAGAUCCAGUCUUCGCAGAUCAUGGGCUCCAUCCAACUCGGCAUCCAACACGCGAUCGGCGGCCUCGCAUCUAAGCCGGAGCGCGACCUUCUCAUGCAGGACUUCAUGACGGUGGAGACGACCAACUUCCCCCACGAGGGCUCCAACCACACGCCCGCCCACCACUACUCCGAGUUCAAAUUCAAGACGUACGCGCCUAUCGCCUUCCGCUACUUCAGGGACCUGUUUGGGAUACAACCCGACGACUUUUUGAUGUCGAUGUGCAGCGCGCCUCUGCGCGAGCUCAGCAACCCCGGCGCCUCCGGAAGCAUCUUCUACCUGACGAACGACGACGAAUUCAUCAUCAAGACCGUCCAGCACAAGGAGGGGGAGUUUCUGCAGAAGCUACUGCCCGGAUACUACUUGAACCUCGAUCAGAACCCACGCACGCUCCUACCGAAGUUCUUUGGGCUCUACUGCUACCAGUGCAACAGCAAGAACGUGCGUUUGGUCGCCAUGAACAAUCUCCUGCCCUCCUCCGUGAAGCUCCACCAGAAGUACGACCUCAAAGGCUCCACGUAUAAGAGGAAGGCAAGCAAAGGGGAACGACAGAAGAGCUCGCCAACAUACAAGGAUCUCGACUUUAUGGAGCAUCAUCCGGAAGGGAUCUUCCUAGAGGCGGAUACGUACAAUGCUCUCAUCAAGACGAUGCAGAGGGACUGCCGCGUCCUGGAGAGCUUCAAGAUCAUGGACUACUCGCUGCUGGUCGGCAUCCACAACCUGGACGAGGCGCAGAGGGAGAAGAGCGAGGCGAGGAAGCGCACAGAGUCCGGACAGAGCGACGGAGAAGAUGACGGCGAGCCUAAGAAGAGCGGUCUCAACAGGACCAGAUCGGAACAAGGCAGGGAGGAUUUCAGGAUGCAAGUGAAAAGGACUCAGUCCAUAAACCGGCAACGGCUGGUGGCCCACUCCACGGCGAUGGAGAGCAUCCAAGCGGAGAGCGAACCCAUCGACGAGGAAGAUGACGUGCCGCCGGGCGGCAUUCCGGCGAGGAACGCGCGCGGCGAGCGGCUACUUCUCUUCCUCGGCAUCAUCGACAUACUGCAGUCGUACCGGCUGCGCAAGAAGCUCGAGCACACGUGGAAGAGCAUGAUACACGACGGGGAUACAGUUUCGGUGCACAGACCGAGUUUCUACGCGCAAAGGUUUCUAGAUUUCAUGGGCAAGACCGUAUUCAAGAAAAUACCUUCGUUGGACCUGCCCGAGAUCAAGGGCAACCACCGCAAGUUCAGGACCCUGGUCACGAGCUACAUAGCACUGAAACACUCACCGUCGAAGAGGAAAAGUAUCGCAAAGCCGGCCAAACCACAGGAGGAAAUCGACACACCAGGACGGAAACUCGUCGGGCGAACGAUAAAGGACUAUAACCCCGAUCUACUGCUAAGGCAGUCCUCUAGAUUGUCGCCGAGGUCUUCCCUAAGAUCUAGCAUGAGCGACUUUACCGACACCACGAUAUCGACCUGGAACCAGAGGCACCACCCGAUCGCCCAAGCGGCCACCGAAUACCCCUCGGUGCUCUCCGACCGGCUGAAGGUCAUCGACCGCGCCACCUUCCAGCGUCGCAUCGAGUUCGACACGUCCAACCUCACGGCCAGGGAGCCGGGGCCCUCUUACGCGGACAGCGUCUACCGCGCGACGGUUCAAGACAGAAUGGAAUCCCUAUCCGAGCAGCUGGCGAAGGUGCUCAGCGCGGGCGCCGGCAGCUCCCACAUAAACGGCAGCCUCGCCGACAGCGGAAUACAGACCGACAACGCGAGCACGAGCGUGCCCCAUAUAUACGUGGCGGAGGCGCCGGCCGUGAAGAUCCUGAAGGACGCCGCGGUGGACACGCGCAACGAGAACAACCUACAGGAGAUACCGUUCAUAGACGACGACGACGAGGAGAGGCAGUGGCGGCGGCGGCCGAACGCCCUAGAGCGGCACAAGAGCACGUCCAACAUACCGGAGAGGAUAGACGAGGUAGGCUCAGCGGAGCGCUCGAGCGAGCGUCUCUCGAGCAGCUUCAACAGGGCCCGCUCGCCUACCUUCGUGGAGCGCUUCAAGAAGUUCUUCGCGGACAUCGGCAUAGUGAAGUCGGGCAGCGAGCCGAUCGCGAGCGACGCAACCACCGCCGCGAGGGAGUCCACGCUGCCGAAGAGUCUGAACUCGAGCUACAGAACGCGCAGCGUCACGCCCACCGUCGAGAGCCGCGAGGCGUCCACACUGCCGAAGGACAUGCGCUUCAGGAAGGUGCGCUCCACGCAGACGGUGUACAUACGGCCCGAGUCGCCGGCGCCAGUCGCGCGCGCGCCGCCGCCGAACGCGCACGUGUCGGUCGUGCGGCUGAACGGCGACGAGCACCUCGCCCGCUCGGACGACGGGCUCGGCCUGCCGAAGGACGCGGUGUACGUGAGGAGCCUGGACAAGGCGGCGAUUUACACGGGCAACGACAGCGGCAGCACGAUCAUCGUCGUACCGCCCGCCGAU